AUGAAAUUCAGUUCAAUAUUGACAUUAAGCUUCAACGCUUUGCUGGUUUUCGCUUUGCCUCACAAAGGAAGUGGUUCGAACGAUGCAAAAGAGUAUUUGGUGACAAGCUUACCAGGAUGGGACAAAUUACCAAGUAACUACAGCAAACCAAUUAUGCAUGCUGGCCAGUUGGACAUUUUCCCUGAGAACAACACGCACUAUUUCUUCUGGAAGGUUGCAGAUUCGGUAAAGUCUGAAGAAAACAAGAAUAGAACCACUUUUUGGCUUAAUGGGGGUCCCGGAUGCUCAUCCGUUGAUGGUGUUUUGUUAGAAAAUGGGCCAUUCAGAAUAAACAAGGAAGAGGAAAUUGUUGUCAACAAUGGAUCUUGGCAUAAAGUGACCGACAUGGUUUAUGUUGAUCAGCCCUCAAGAGUCGGCUUCAGUUACGGUCCUCUCAUAUCUCAACUUGAUCAAGUGCAAACAAAUUUUUUGGCAUUUUUGGACAAGUACUUUGAGUUGUUUCCCGAGGAUUCAAGCAAUGAUAUUUACAUUUCUGGUGAAUCAUAUGGUGGCCAGUAUAUUCCAUACAUUGCUACUGCAAUUCUUGAACGCACUGACUACAAAUUGAAAGGGUUGUUAAUUGGGAAUGGUUGGGUUUCACCAAACGAACAAAGCUUGUCUUACAUCCCCUUCUUCAAAGAGCAUGGCCUAAUUGACGACCACAAUCCGUCUUGGCCACUGUUGUAUGCUGCUCAGGCAGCAUGUGAAGCUGUUGUCAAUGGGAGUGCUCCAGAUGGCGGUAACGAGAACGAUGCGCCUGCUUGUGAUAGCAUUUUAAACACCCUUCUUCAAGCCACAACCCAAAAAACACCCCUGGGAGAUCAGUGUCUCAAUGUAUACGACUACAAGUUGCGUGAUUCAGAUUGUGGCAACAGUUACCCGCAACCGGAUGAGAGUUAUGUGACCAGAUUUUUGAGAGAUCCAAAAGUGAUUGAGAGUUUGAAUAUUCAACAUAAAACUCAAUGGCAAGAAUGUAGCUCUUUGGUGUCCAGAACUUUCACAGCAUCAAAGUCUGCGCCUGCAAAAUCACUUUUGCCGGCACUUCUUAAACAGAUUCCUAUCGUUUUGUACAGCGGAGCACUAGACAUCACGUGCAAUUCACAGGGAGCCUUGGGAUACAUUUCGAACAUGACUUGGAAUGGAGCACAGGGGUUCACAAAUCCAGAUAAUCACAUUGAUUGGGAGUUUGGCGACGAACAGGCUGGCUGGGUUCUACAAGAUAGAAAUUUGACAUUUGUUAAUGUCUACAAUGCCAGUCACAUCCUUCCAUACAAUGUUCCAGAGAUUUCCAGGUCGUUGUUUCAAUUUGUAACUGGAACAGACCAAAAGAGAGACGGCAAGAUAGUCACUACUCCGUAG